UUCACUAGACUGCUGUUGAGCUGAACUGUUCUUCCUUCGACUAUUUUAAUAACCUUUCAAUAAACUGCAGCAGGAAUAAGGCAUAUAAAUCAAUUCUAGCAUUAUUUUUAAUAGCAGUAUUCAACAACAAUGAUGUUUUUAUCAGCAGCUGGAUGUGUGUGGAUGGUUUAUAUUCUCUGCAUCUCAGGUGUUGAAGGAAAACCAAACAGCAUCUUUGCUUUGAAAGGAUCAUCAGUGAAUCUGAGCUGCUCAGCUCCACAUUCAGCUGCAAACAUCAAAUGGUACAUUGUGAGGAAGAGUAAUGCAGAAUAUGUUUAUCAUGAUGUGUCUGCAUAUAGGCAUCAUGAAGAGUUCCGUUUAUCAGAGGAUAAUUUCACUCUGACAAUCAGAGAUCUAACAGAGGACAAUACAAAAAGUUACUGCUGUAGUGAAACUAUUCCUAAAGAGAAACCAGAUGAAACCGACAGCUGUCAGCAGAACAGCAUUCAGCUCCAGGUUAUAGACCUCCAGGUAAAGGUGUUUCCUGCCUCAGAGGGACAGAAAGUGAGUCUGAUGUGCUCAAGCAGCUGUUCUCUUACUGAAAGCCCUGCAGCCUUCAUCUGGUACCAGAACGGAGCGUUCCUCUAUGAGGACUGGUCCCCCUGGUACCAAGAGCUGGUCAGCAGUGAUCGGGCAGUCAGAUACUCCUGUGCUAUCAAAGGCUACGAGGAUCUCAGAGCUCCUGACGUCUCAGUGGAUUCUGUCUCAGGGAGCUGCUUCAGUGUGACCUACGCUGAAGGCACAAUGUGUUCCUACAAAUCACAGAAACAGUCCUGCUCCAUCACAUUUCCUACAGAAGUUCGUGUUGAAAGGACAAAAUUUGACAAAGACCAUAUCAAGAUGACGUGUAACUCCAGCUGUUCUCUGACUGACAACAAAACUUCAUUUCAGUUGUAUAAAAACACAGAAACUGGUGAACAGAAAGUUCAAAACUCUCUAGUUCCCAUCUCAUCAACAGAUAGCUUCUUCUGCACUGUGAAGGAUCGUUAUGAUCUGCUUUCUAAUGAAGUUUGUGUUGAUGGUAGCAACUGCUGGACUGUGAGUUAUGACAGCAGGAGAAUCUGUGGCCUGAAAGGUUCAUCAAUGAACAUCUCCAGCAAAUACUCACAUCCUGAGCAAAAACAGCCACUGACUAAACGCUGGUAUAAAAUGAAGAUAAAUACAAAGCUGGAGGAAGAGGUGCUGGAGAAUAAUACUGAUGUGAAUUAUCAGGAUGACACGAGGAACCAACACAUCCUCAGAUUAAACAACCUGGAUGAGAAAAACUCAGGAGAAUACGAGUUCAGAAUGAAAACAGACAGCAGAAAAUCAUCUCAUUUUUCUGGAGUUACUCUGAUUGUAACAGGUCUCCUAGUGGACGUGCGACCUGCUGCAGAGGUCACUGAGGGUCAGAGAGUCACAUUGACCUGCAGCACCAGCUGUCCUCUCAGUGAAAACACAAACUACAUUUGGUACUUGAACAGUCGGCCUCUGAGUCUGACUAAAAUACCAAACAACCGUCUGAUUAUAGAUGCAGUUAGCAGACAGGAUGAAGGAAACUACUCCUGUUCUGUUGAAACGAUCAACUCACCUGGAAAGACUCUGACUGUACAACAGUCAACAACAACCUUUUUAGCAACAACAGUAACCUGGAUACUAGCAGCUGCAGGACUCUCUGUGUUUCUUUUGGGCCUGGUACCUUUGACUGUUUUCUUGUAUAGCAGGAAAUUCAAGCCCUCUCAUCAGUCUUCUAAAAGUGAACCUGUCAACAAUAUGGAUGAGAUACAUACUGGUGAUAUGUAUGAAGAGUUUGCAGCUCAACCAGCAGAACAUGAGCUUCAUUACAGCCAGAUAGCUUUGGAGAAAAUGAACCCCAUUUACUCCAGCGUCCAGAAGCAUCCAGAGCAAGAGCAUGUCGCCUAUUCUGUGGUCAGAACUAGAACAAGCACAAGUUCAGAUUCAAGCAGAUAGAUUCAACAGCUGUG